AUGGAAAUUUUGCGGAAGACGCUGACUUGGAUAUUGAUAUUGAGCCUGGUGGUGGUCAUGGCUUCCUCAGAAUUUCAAAGAUUUUCGCACAACUCACAAGGUAGGACUGCUCAUUGCUUAAUUGUACAUCUUAACUUGCUUGAUUGCACCCAAGGUACUAGAACUGCUCUCCUUUAGAGAAACGGAUUUGUCUUCCCAGUGAGGCAGGUGUAUGCAUGGUUGCUGCUCAUGGUCAGUGGUCAGUCAGUGAGACAUCUGCAACAUCUGGUGGCCCUGGCCUGACUGUUGUUUUAGAGGGAUGAACCCACUGUAGAUCACAACCUGCUAGCUUUGGAACACUGUGAGGUCAUGUCUAUCCUGCCUGUCUCUGUCUGAGUUCCACCAUAGACAUUCUACAUUCUAUGAGCUACUAUCUGUAGUGUGUAAUCCUGUUAUAUUCUGCAAUGGCUGGAAGGCCCCCAUUGUCUUUAAUAUGUCGCUUCUUACUGUAGUGUAUCAAUGUUCUUACUCAGAUUCACAUUCUGUGUUCAUUUUUCUCUUCCUCAUUCACCCCUGCUCCGAUGGCUCAUCUCUCCCCAUCUGUUCUUUUCUGUAAAAGAGGAGUACCUGUCCUACCUGCAGCACUACCAGCUGACUGUACCGGUGCAGGUGGACGAGAACGGGGACUUCCUCAGCUACACUGUGAAACACCACCGACCCGGUCGCAGGAGACGAACCACCAACCCAACCAGCACCACCGUCGGCCCAGAGCCAACCGACCACGCCGAACAGGACCCGGCCCAGACCCAGGUCUUCUACAGACUGUCGGCUUACGGAAAGCACUUUCACUUAAACCUGACCCUCAACCCUCACCUGGUGUCCAAACAUUUCACGGUGGAGUACUGGGGGAGAGAGGGCCUGGAGUGGAGACAUGACAUGGUGGAGAACUGCCACUAUGUAGGAUACCUCCAGGAUCAGUACAGCUCCACCAGAGUAGCGCUCAGUAACUGUAAGGGCUUGGUGAGUACCAUGGGAUUCUGGAGUUGAUGUGUUUGGUUUGGGUGUGUGUUGGAAGGAAGCUACUGUAGCCAAUCAGGGUAUUGGAAUGUGUGAUGAAGGGAUGGAAGAGAGGACAACUUGAUCUGUCUGUUUCCAAGUAGAACACCCACCACCACUCUACUCCCCUUUAUGGGUUUCUGUGACUUUUGUUUAGAGUAUGUCUGAAUGUAUUUGUGGAUAUUUGAGUGUGUUUGAAUAUUCUUUGAGUACUCAAGGACCUGUUUUGUGAGGAGGCCAGGAGGCCCCCAUUGACCAGGCACAGAGAGUUAAUACUAUGCCGUCUCUUUGCUCUGGCUACCUCAGACAAACCCUCAGCUCUACUGUCACAGGAUUAGACAGAGUGUAGUUUGCUAAAUAGCAUGUUGGCCUCCCUCCACCUGGCACAGUGCCACUUAGGAUAGGGCAUAGUAGGGUGGCUAAUGGGGAAAGCUCUCUACAGUAGGGGCUCUUAGACUUAUUCAGCCUGGGAACAUUGAGAAACUCUGUGUUUUCCUGGGACCCAAGGUCAUAAAAACAUGAUCCCUUUUGGGGUCCUAAGCAAGAUUUGGUCGGGUUAGAAUGGCCCCUCUCUUGACAGCAGAGAGAAAAAGUUUUAACUUUAAUUUCCUGCAAUUCUAAACACUUUGCCAUGGGGUGUAAUGAAAAUGUUGUUGUUUUAAAGCAAGUUUUCUAAAAUUCUACCCAUUUUGCCAUGGGGUGGAGAGAAAUCUUAGCAGUUUUAAAGCACAUUUCCUGCAAUUCUACACAUUUUGCCAUGACUUAUGCCAUGUUAAUAUGAUAUCUGAGUGAGAGUGACUAACAAAAUCAAUGUGGGCCCCCCAAAUUGCAUCUUGCGUAUUCUACGCUUCUAACUGUAAACAAUAAGUUGAGACCUCCUCUGAGUUCCUAAAAUAUGUCGCCACACACCAUUAACAUGUCGUCGCGACCCAUACUUUAAGAAAGGCUGCUUUACAGGAUCAUCAGAGCUUUAGUCGCAACCAGCCAGCCAGCCAGCUCACCAUAGAGAACCUAAUACAUAUCCUUCUCAAUGGACUGUGACAGAUAAGCAUGCAGGGCUGUUUUUCUGUUUGCUUACUAAACAGUCAGGGCCAAAUCUUGUUUUGGGCACACCUAAAACUUCUCUUCAGGUUUCGGUUUCCUCAGAUAAACUAAUACCCAGUCCCAAAUCAACCCCUAGCCCCUAAUUAACCCCUAGGCAUUCCUUGUAGAUCUGAAGGGGUUGAAUGAGUGUAGGUAGGCAAUAUGGCAAUAGCUCCACACAGCCUAAGGCUAGGACUCAUCUGAUAGUGUCAGAUCUAUGAGAAGUGUAUGUUUGGAGGUUAGGGGUUAGACUAGGGGGUUUUGAACUGGGCUUUUGAACUAGGGGGGUUUGAACUGGAGUUUCUCCAGUGAAAAAAGAAAGAAAGCGAAUGUGUUGCUUUCUGUGGGCUUUAACGAAGCGGCUAAUCAUCAAAGCUGAGAUAUUGGUCCUCAGGCUGUUGAUCUUAGACUGACGGACUGGCCAGACUGUCUUCGUUAAAACUCACUGUUGGAAGCAAUUGGAAAAACUCUUAUCCCCCCUCAUUUACUUUGAAAUGUCUCAGAACAAGGAGAAAGCCCUGUUCCUCUGUGCCAAUCGCAAUCAUGUGGAGAAAAACAUGUAUUACCGUUGUUGCGGCCAAACGUACUGGCAACCCCACAGCUCCAGUAUCAUAAAUUGAAUUAGUAUUAGGUCUGUUUCGCCUCAGACCGUUUAAUAGUACCAAAAAUGGACAAAACUGAAAUAUAUCUGUAGUUUAAUCUCGUAAAUUGCCAGACAUCUUGACAUCGCACUCUGCUAGGCUUUUAUCAAAUAUUGGUUUCUUGCCGACGUGUGCCAGGUUGUCAUAUUUGGUUAAUUGGUUUCAUUGUGGGUUUUUACUGAGUGAUGCAGCGUGCCAAUGUUUUUUAUAAACACAUUCUGAAGUACUUUUUCAAUUUAUGUUACAAAGGGGGUGUUCAAGGGCAGAGAGCUGUGUACUUUGGUUCCAGUCCCAGUAAUUACAGCGUUGUUCUAGGUGUAAUUGGUUGUUAUAACAUGAUUUAUAAAAUUGCUUCAGAGUGUGGGGUGUUUUCACGUCUGACUGCAGUGCAACACACAGAGCAGAGCAGAGCAGAGCUGUGAGUUAGUUGUUCUAUGUGUUGCAGCCUGCAAUGUUACAUGACUCCGGCUGGAACACACCAUUAGCCAUUUAGCCCUGACUCAGGGUGCCAAUCAUUUCACAUAUGAUUGUGGUUGUGCUGGAAAAAGCAUUCAACCUGGUUCAUAAUACUCAUUAGUAAAACAAUAUUUUGAUGACUAUAAUGAAAAUGAUAGGGGUUAUUUGUCAAAGGUAAUUUCAUAUAAAUGGCAUAAAUGGUUCACUGUAAGGAGUUGGAAUUGUUAGACAUUUUCUAUGAUAAAAGGGGUUAUGCAAUUAUUUUAAAACUACAAUAAGAUCAAUUCAAAUGUUGUGUUUAUGUGUGUGUGCCUUGUAAUGUUGUUUGUAUUGUUUGCUUAUAACCUGUCUCUCUCGAUGUUCUUGUUUCUCAACAAGCACGGUGUUAUUACAACAGAAGAAGAGCAGUAUUUAAUAGAGCCAUUAAAGAAUAUAUCGUCCGCCACUUCCAGCCAAUGGAACCAGGGAGAAGGACAGCAGCAUGUUAUUUAUAAAAAGUCUUCAAUUCCCUCGCCACAGCAGCAACCCAACCAACAUGAGUUCAGCUGUGGCAUCUCAGGUUGGUGAAGCAUCCUCCUCUCCACUCCUCUCCUCUCCCAUGCUCUCCACUGCCCUCAGUCUGGGUUGACUCUGAGCUGGGUGACUAACGUAAACGGGCAGCUAUACAUAGCAGACUAGAGGAAGUGCUGGUUUGGUUCUAGUCCCAGGUUCCGGUGGAUGUGACCGCGCUGCUGUAGGGCUGGCCCAUUCUGGCCUCCCCUCAUCCUGGUGUACAGUGCAUUCGGAAAGUAUUCAGACCCCUUUACUUUUUCCACAUUUUAUUACAUUACAGCCUUAUUCUAAAAUGGAUUUUUUUUUCUCUCAUCAAUCUACACACAAUACCGCAUAAUGACAAAGCAAAAACAGGUUUUAGAAAAUGUUGCUAAUUUGUAUAAAAAAUUACAAACUUAAAUAUAACAUUUACGUAAGUAUUCAGACCCUUUACUCAGUACUUUGUUGAAGCACCUUUGGCAGUGAUUACAACCUUGAGUCUUGUUGGGUAUGACGCUACAAGCUUGGCACACCUGUAUUUGGGGAGUUUCUCCCAUUCUUCUCUGCAGAUCCUCUCAAGCGCUGUCAGGUUGGAUGGGGAGCGUCGCUACACAGCUAUUUUCUGGUCUCUCCAGAGAUGUUCGAUUGGAUUCAAGUCCGGGCUCUGGCUGGGCCACUCAAGGACAUUCAGAGACUUGUCCCGAAGCCACUCCUGCGUUGUCUUGGCUGUGUGCUUAGGGUCGUUGUCCUGUUGGAAGGUGAACCUUCGCCCCAGUCUGAGGUCCUGGGCGCUCUGGAGCAGGUUUUCAUCAAGGAUCUCUCUGUACUUUGCUCCGUUCAUCUUUCCCUCGUUCCUGACUAGUCUCCCAGUCCCUGCCACUAAAGAACAUCCCCACAGCAUGAUGCUGCCACCACCAUGCUUCACCGUAUGGAUGGAGCCAGGUUUCCUCCAGAUGUGACGUUUGGCAUUCAAGCCAAAGAGUUCAAUCUUGGUUUCAUCAGACCAGAGAAUCUUCUCCCAUCUCCACAGAGGAACUCUGGAGCUCUGUCAGAGUGACCAUCGGGUUCAUGGUCACCUCCCUGACUAAGGCCCUUCUCCCCCGAUUGCUCAGUUUGGCCGGGCAGCCAGCUCUAGGAAGAGUCUUGCUGGUUCCAAACUUCUUCCAUUUAAGAAUGAUGGAGGCCACUGUGUUCUUGGGGACUUUCAAUGCUACAGAAAUUCUUUGGUACCCUUCCCCAGAUCUGUGCCUCGACACAAUCCUGUCUUGGACCUCUACGGACAAUUCCAUGGCAUGGUUUUUGCUCUGACAUGCACUGUCAGCUGUGGGACCGUAUAUAGACAGGUGUGUGCCUUUCCAAAUCAUGUCCAAUCAAUUGAAUUUACCACAGGUGGACUCCAAUCAAGUUGUAGAAACAUCUCAAGGAUGAUAAAUGGAAACAGGAUGCACCUGAGCUCAAUUUCGAGUCUCAUACAAAGGGUCUGAAUAGUUAUGUAAAUAAGGUAUUUCUGUUUUUUGUUUCUAAUACAUUUCCAAAAAUUUAUAUAUACCAGUUUUUACUUUGUCAUUAUGGGGUAUUGUGUGUAGAUUGAUGAGGAAUUUGUUUUAUUUAAUCCAUUUUAGAAUAAGGCUGUUACUUAUCAAAAAGUCAAGGGGUAUGAAUACUUUCCGAAUGCACUGUAUAGCACAGAACUGAUCAAAAAAAGGCCUUGUAGUCUGUGACUGGGCACUAUAGAACGAGAGCAACUAGAACCACUGAAUUCAAAUGGAGGCUCCUUUUCUCUUUAAGUGCUUUAAAGGACAAUACACAUACUCUGGCUCUCAUCAGAGCGGUGUCCUGUGAGAUGUUGUGUGGUGGGAUAGGGAUUGGAGGGGAACCAGGUGGAUGUGUAGGUAUUUGGACCAAAGUCUUAUAAGUAGCAGCGAAGGCUGUCAUCAGCAGGAAGCUGACAUGCCCUGACAUGUUCUGUCUUAUAGCCUUUCCCCAGAGCAUCUGGGUCAUAAAGGAAGGGAAGCCUUCAGCUGGAAGGUUCAAAGGGCCAGAUUCCCAACGUGUCUGCAAUUAUAUCUCAAACUCUCCCUUGGCUCUGCUUUGGCUAUGCCUUCACAAUGGACUAUAUCUGAUUGUUUCAUUGUGUUUUCAUUUAGUGGCUUAUUUAUUUAUGUUGAUAAAUGUUUAAUAAAUGUUCAACUCAUUAUUUGUUAUCAAAUUAUCAGGAGUUCUAGUCUCCCUUGAAUGUUUCUAUUGAGCUGAACAGUAUCAAAUUCUACUUAUCUUUUUAAAGUUAAAAUACCCCAUGAAGAUGAUCAUCAGAUAAACCAUUGCCUAUAAUCACCUGAGAUGAUUCUUUUCUCAGAGCAUAUCAUCAACUUUUCUCACUCAGUUGCUAAUAUUUUUUCUCAUAUAAACUGCCUCUCCCUCCUUCAUUCACAGACCUCACAAAAAGCGUGAUCCCCUGCCAACAUAGCACUCCUUCCCCAACCUCUCCAACCUCCUCCUCUCCCUCCUCCUCUCCCACCCCAGCCCCUGGGUCCAACAGCACCCUGCCCGGGGGGGGCCACAGACAAAGGCGGUCACUCAGCACGGAACGCUUCGUAGAGACCCUGGUGGUAGCUGAUAAGAUGAUGGUUGGUUACCAUGGACGCAAAGACAUCGAGCAUUAUAUCCUGUCUGUGAUGAAUAUUGUAAGUUUGAUCCUGCUUUUUGCUUCAAUUAGUGUUGUUUUGUCUGAAAGAAAAGCCUGAUAAUAGAGUUUGGGUCAAUCUCAAAAGGGGUUAAUCUCAAUGGUCUAACGUGGCUUCCUCUCCUCAUCUCCUCCCCCUACAUUUACACUAAUUUGAGUUUACAGGAUAGGUGAAAGCAUUUAGGACUCACUUGCACCUGUCCAGAUCUUUCACAUCAAUACAGAUGAAGGAUUGGAGGAAAGAUAUUGAGAGGCAUCCCAAGCCUACUGAUAACUAGCCAAUGUAGAGUAUUAGAGCAUGAUCAAUGGACUUAUUCGAAAUAAUUCUCCCUUUGGAUAGCAUUUUGUUUUCAUUAACAUUUUAACAGAAUGUUCUCUCUUACUGAAAACAGACAUUUAAAUCGCAGCAUGAGCUGAAUGUGUGGUGGCUGUUUUUCUAUUCCACCAGUACGUGUGAUGAAAACACUGAUCAAGUGUUGUGACACAUGGACACAGUUUGUCUGACUUUGUGACUUUUCUUCUUUUCUGGAGGUCAGGUUGCCAAACUUUACCGUGAUGCCAGCCUAGGAAACGUUGUGAACAUUAUAGUAACCCGCUUGAUCGUACUGACUGAGGACCAGGUGAGUGCACUCUUUUCCCUCCUUCUACCUCUUUCUCUCUAUCUCUCUGCCUCUCUCUCUCUUUCUAUUCUACAUCAACAUCUGUAUGUUGCUCUAAUCUCAGUUACAAUUUCUGUGGUUUGGUUACUUAUUAUGCAAUAACAUAGUUAUUCCAAGCAGUUGAGAGAGAGUAGGAGGAGGAAAGAGAAGGGAGAGAGGAGAGGAGUGACAAGAAGAGACGAGAGAAGAGGACACGAGCGAGAGUAGAAAAUAGGAAAGGAAUGAGCAUAAGAAGCAUCUGUCAUAUGUCUGCCACCACUAAAGAUGAAAGCUUCUCCAGUGGAGAUGAGCUCAGACAUCUUCCCUCAGUGAGAUUUGAUAGAGGAUUUUUACAUUCAACCUACAGGUACAGUGAGGGAAAAAAGUAUUUGAUCCCCUGCUGAUUUUGUACGUUUGCCCACUGACAAAGACAUGAUCAGUCUAUAUCAUUUUAAUGGUAGGUCUAUUUGAACAGUGAGAGACAGAAUAACAACAACAAAAUCCAGAAAAACACAUGUCGAAAAUGUUAUAAAUUGAUUUGCAUUUUAAUGAGGGAAAUAAGUAUUUGACCCCUCUGCAAAACAUGACUUAGUACUUGGUGGCAAAACCCUUGUUGGCAAUCACAGAGGUCAGACGUUUCUUGUAGUUGGCCACCAGGUUUGCACACAUCUCAGGAGGGAUUUUGUCCCACUCCUCUUUGCAGAUCUUCUCCAAGUCAUUAAGGUUUCGAGCAUGACGUUUGGCAACUCGAACCUUCAGCUCCCUCCACAGAUUUUCUAUGGGAUUAAGGUCUGGAGACUGGCUAGGCCACUCCAGGACCUUAAUGUGCUUCUUCUUGAGCCACUCCUUUGUUGCCUUGGCCAUGUGUUUUGGGUCAUUGUCAUGCUGGAAUACCCAUCCACGACCCAUUUUCAAUGCCCUGGCUGAGGGAAGGAGGUUCUCACCCAAGAUUUGAUGGUACAUGGCCCCGUCCAUCAUCCCUUUGAUGCGGUGAAGUUGUCCUGUCCCCUUAGCAGAAAAACACCCCCAAAGCAUAAUGUUUCCACCUCCAUGUUUGACGGUGGGGAUAGUGUUCUUGGGGUCAUAGGCAGCAUUCCUCCUCCUCCAAACACGGCGAGUUGAGUUGAUACCAAAGAGUCGAUUUUGGUCUCAUCUGACCACAACGCUUUCACCCAGUUCUCCUCUGAAUCAUUCAGAUGUUCAUUGGCAAACUUCAGACGGGCCUGUAUAUGUGCUUUCUUGAGCAGGGGGACCUUGCGGGCACUGCAGGAUUUAAGUCCUUCACGGCGUAGUGUGUUACCAAUUGUUUUCUUGGUGACUAUGGUCCCAGCUGCCUUGAGAUCAUUGACAAGAUCCUCCCGUGUAGUUCUGGGCUGAUUCCUCACCGUUCUCAUGAUCAUUGCAACUCCACGAGGUGAGAUCUUGCAUGGAGCCCCAGGCCGAGGGAGAGUGACAGUUAUUUUGUGUUUCUUCCAUUUGCGAAUAAUCGCACCAACUACUGUCACCUUCUCACCAAGCUGCUUGGCGAUGGUCUUGUAGCCCAUUCCAGCCUUGUGUAGGUCUACAAUCUUGUCCCUGACAUCCUUGGAGAGCUCUUUGGUCUUGGCCAUGGUGGAGAGUUUGGAAUCUGAUUGAUUGAUUGCUUCUGUGGACAGGUGUCUUUUAUACAGGUAACAAGCUGAGAUUAGGAGCACUCCCUUUAAGAGUGUGCUCCUAAUCUCUGCUCGUUACCUGUAUAAAAGAUACCUGGGAGCCAGAAAUCUUUCUGAUUGAGAGGGGGUCAAAUACUUAUUUCCCUCAUUAAAAUGCAAAUCAAUUUAUAACAUUUUUGACAUGCGUUUUUCUGGAUUCUUUUGUUGUUAUUCUGUCUUUCACUGUUCAAAUAAACCUACCAUUAACAUUAUAGACUGAUCAUUUCUUUGUCAGUGGGCAAACGUACAAAAUCAGCAGGGGAUCAAAUACUUUUUUCCCUCACUGUAACUGCGAACAUAAUGGAAACAAUUGAGUAAAGAAGGGUUCUGGUGGCUCAGUUAUGGUGUGGGGUGCAUUUCCCUAACAUGGCUUAGGUCCAGUCAACCCCUUACAGGGCAAGGUAAACACCAGUAAAUACACAGCCAUUCUGAAUGAUCACCUUCAGCUUAUGGUGAAUAAUUUCUAUCCUGAUGGGAGUGGAUGACAAUGCCUCCAUCCACAGGGCACGAGUGGUCACUGAGUGGUUUGAUGAGCAUGAAAACGAUGUAAACCAUAUGCCAUGGCCGGCUCAGUCACCAGAUCUCAACCCAAUUCAACACUUAUGGGAGAUUCUGGAGCGGCGACUGAGACAGCGUUUUCCACCACCAUCAACAAAACACCAAAUGAUGGAAUUUCUUGUGGAAGAAUGGUGUCGCCUCCCUCCAAUAGAGUCCCAGACACUUGUAGAAUCUAUGGCAAGAUUCAUUGAAGCUGCUCUGGCGGCUUGUGGUGGCCCAACGCCCUAUUAAGACACUUUACAGGCAGAUACCUGUAUAUAAUGUGUAGGUUUGAUGGGAGGAACAGGGUGAACUGUACAUCUAGCGUCUGUCUAUACAGGAUUGAUGCCAGCAGAGAUGAAUACGUCUUCAUACAUUCUCCAUUUUAAGACAGAACCCUAUAUGUUUUACCCAGAUAUAGUGUUAUUUGGAUAUAUUAAUAAUUAGAAUAUAUAUAUUUUUGGAUUAUUUUUAACAGAUAUAUCAGAAUCCUGUCAAAUGGUGGACAUGGCUUUUAUAGGCUUAUAUACUGUAGUUUUUGACUUAUGCUUUUUACAAAGACGGCCCAAUCAUACAUUGAUGUCAAUAGGAGAUUUAAGUGAAAGUUUGAGUGGCUUGCGUUAAUCUUAAUUCAGCCCUAGUCAAGUGCAGAAUGCUGUCCCUGUUCUUGACAGAGAGCUGGGUUCUGUGUGUUCUGGGUUGUGGAUGUGUUCAGACUGUUCUGGGUUGUGGAUGUGUUCAGACUGUUCUGGGUUGUGGAUGUGUUCAGACUGUUCCGGGUUGUAUAUGUGUUCAGACUGUUCUGGGUUGUGGAUGUGUUCAGACUGUUCUGGGUUGUGGAUGUGUUCAGACUGUUCUGGGUUGUGGAUGUGUUCUGACUGUUCUGGGUUGUGGAUGUGUUCUGACUGUUCUGGGUUGUGGAUGUGUUCUGACUGUUCCGGGUUGUGGAUGUGUUCAGACUCUCUCUCAAAAAAAAAAAAAAAAAACUGUGUUGUAAUAUGUGCUGUAUGUUCUAUCCAGCCCAACCUGGAGAUCAACCACCAUGCAGACAAGUCUCUAGACAGCUUCUGUAAGUGGCAGAAGUCCAUCCUCAGUCACCAAGGAGACGGGAACAGCAUCCCGGAGAAUGGCAUGGCUCACCAUGACAAUGCUGUCCUCAUCACACGGUAG